AUGGUCAUCUAAGGGAGAAUUACAAUAUCUUUUUUGAUGGGAGGUAAUCAUACCUAGAGAAUAAAGGAUAUUACAAGUUAUCCCAAAAAUAACAUUGAACCAUCUUCAACUAAAAGGAAUCUGUUUAAAGAAAACUACAGAAAGGAACUAAAUAAUGAAAUAGAGUGUCAUAUCUAAUCUGAACAUCAGUAACAAGAAAUAUAAGACUUUACUAAAAAUUAUUGA